AUGAUCACGCCAGCUGUUGAUACUCUCAGUAUUCCUAUCAUCGACCUUGAACCGGCUCGAACUGGGACACCAGAUGAAGCUGCCCAGGUCGCGAAAGAUGUUUACGAGGCUUUCAAAUACAUCGGCUUUGCCUACAUUAAAAACCAUGGGGUUCCACAGGAGCUUAUAGAUGAAGCUUUCAGCUGGAGCCAGAAGUUCUUCGCCCUUCCUCAGAGUGAUAAAGACAAAGCACCACACCCUCCGGUCGGCUGGUACCAUCGAGGGUAUUCAGGAAUCGGCCGUGAGAAAGUUGUGCAAAUGGUCUAUGACAAGGAAGGCAUUACAGAAAAACGCAAAGUACCGGACGUCAAGGAGUCGUUCGAGCUUGGCAACGAGAACGACGAGCGCAUGCCAAAUAUUUGGGUCCCCGAUGAAGUCCUCCCUGGAUUCCGCGAGUUCUUCACCAAAUUCUUCGAGACUUGCUACACCAUUGAGCAGCUUAUGUUAAGAACAAUCGCUAUUGGGAUGGGCUUGGACGAGAACUUCUUUCUCAAUUAUCAUCAGAACAGUACUAAUCAGUGCCGCUUACUUCAUUAUCCGCCCGUGGAAGAAGAGCUUUUGAGACUCGGAAAGGCGGAAAGGAUCGCAGCACACUCCGACUUCGGCACAAUGACCAUUCUGUUCCAGGAUGAGGUCGGAGGUCUGGAAGUUGAGGAUAUCCAUGAAAAGGGCACAUUCAACCCCGCACCAUAUAUUCCCGGAACGGCGGUCGUCAAUAUCGGAGAUCUUUUAAUGCGCUGGAGUAACGAUGAACUUAAAUCAACUCUUCAUCGCGUCCGUGCCCCGCCGCUGGCUACCUCUAGUGGCGACUCAAGCGGUCGCAUGACUCGACCUCGAUACUCAAUUCCAUAUUUCAUCAGCCCUGAUCGAGAUAGGCUUAUUGAUUGUCUACCUGGGUGUUAUGGACCGGAUCGACCCAAGAAAUACGAGCCCAUCACUAGCAAGGAUUAUAUUUCGAUGCGUAUGAACGCAACGUAUUGA